CUCCAACAGCGACUCGUCAACGGACGACGACUUGACUAACUCGUUCCCGAGUCGCCAAGUGACGCCUUCGCCGCUUACGAUGGUGGCACGUUUACUGGCAUCAGAGGUACAGGACGAUACGCCGCCCUUCCCAGCUAUCAAGCGCGCGAAUAGGGUCCUACUGAAAGAGCCUUCCAAGCGGGACAUGAUCAUAUACAAACGCUACGUGAACUUCGAGAAGCGCUCCAACCCCAAAUACAAGUCUGACAUCCACGUGGUGAUGACUGUGAGUAGCGCUUUCACCAUAGACAGCUCGGUGGACAUGAUCCCGCCGACCGUGUCCCGAGCCUCCAAGCAGGUGUACCAAGACUACGUACGGAGGACCACGGGACACACCACGCUAUCGCCGUCUUCCCUAGCCGCCUACAAGAAAUAUGUUAAUUUCGCACUGAAUUAAUUUGCUUAUACUUUGUUAAAUCAAAUUAGAUCUCUAUAAUGUUAUUGUAUUAAAUUAAUGUAUCUCAUGUUAUUUUAUAUUUAAUUAAGUUAUAAUUACCUAUUAAUAAAAUAAUAAUUAUGUUUAUUAUUGUUCAUAAUAUUUUAAACACAUGUAUAAAUAAAACAAG